AUGAGCGUCACGCAGUUCAGCUUCAAAGAUCUAGUGAGCAAGCUGAUCGCCGAGGAAGUGCGCAAGAAGGAUGACGUGCGCAUUGAAGACGAGACAGCUCUUCUUGCCGGAAAACGACAGGAGAAGAAAAACUACAACAAAAGGAGCGGUGGUCAGCGACGGACAGGGUUCGGUCUUCAGUGCUUUAAUUGUGGUAAGCGCGACCAAUGCGCACGCGACUGCCGGAAAAAGAAACGUGAUAGUAGUGACAGACAAGAAGAUCACUCAAAAGUGGCGUUUAACGCCACUCAAGAAAUAUGA